CGCCCCGCGCAUGUCAUGCAGCCCAGCCCGAACCUCGGGUCGUCCGUUGCUGGGCUGGGCGAGCUGGCGCUUGUUGAUGCCGACCCGAAAUGAUCGCUGCUGCAGGUGUCCAGCCACCAUCAUUGCGACGCCUUCCCACCUCAUUGCGCGCGGCUUUACUCCUUGCAAGCCCAUCUUGAAAACACCUGCAAAAGCUUCGCCCACCGAGAGCAUCCAAACGCGCCUACUACACCGCCUCGACGCGGUACCCGUCGCGACACAGUAGAGCAAUGCCGCAGCCAUUCGUCUAAGAUGGCACCCGAUCGUUAUGACUCGCGUCGUCGUGGUGUCUGGAGCCACUGGGUCCCUCUGGCCGUCACCCUGACGAUUGCAACAGCUGGAGUGGCAGCGUGGGCUUGGAGCCAGAGGAAGGGCUCGGAUGAGGAGGGCCAAGAACCUGGAUUGGACUACGACAAUGCCGACUAUGGAGACAACCCGCCCUACGGUACAGCAGGCGACGACCGAUCACCUCAACAACCGCCGCGUUCUCGCGCAUCGGUCGGCGAUCACGAGAGCUAUGGAGUGCAGGAUGCGGCCCCAAGCGAGAUUUCCGCUGGAGGCUGGGGAACGCGCAUGUCAGGGGCGCUGAGGCGCACACCAAGCCCGCAGCAAUUCCUCGACUCAACCGGGAAGACUGUCGCAGCUGGGUUCGCGGCCGCCGGUGCGGCUAUGGGCAAGGCGUUGGCCUCGAUUCGGGAAGAAGACAAGGCAUACGCUGGUAGCAACCCAUGGUCUGAGGAAGCGGAUGCGAAAGCCGACCGAGCGCCUAUUGGCCCUUCCAAGCAUAGAAGAACAGUGGCCGUUAUCGUGUCCGCGGACUCGCCCUACACGCAAGGCGAUGCCGACGACUAUCUGGAGCACGCAUCAAUCUUGUCUCACAUACCCCGGCAAAACGACUUUUCCAAAAUCAAGCUGUUCGUCUUGAUCUAUGCACCGGAUCUGAAGGAAACCAACCUAGAGACCGCGACUGGUAACCUGCCGCCUCCUUCGUUAAGCUCCUCCUUCUCUAACAUUGGUCAUGAACAAGCCCAACCCAGCGAGGAAGGGCGCACAUCACAGCCGACCCCGACCCCAAGCAGCGCAGCCUAUAAUGCCGUAUACUCGCAGGCAUUGGCAAUCGUGGACAAGGAGACGAUGAUACUUCCUUUUACUACUCCCAAUGGCCACACUCACAUUUUGCGACACCUCCAGCCGGAAAUCAUCUACCUACAGGAGUCCAUGGCCGGAGACAACGGCAGCAUCAUUUCCAAUCUGCAGACGUGGCUUCGUCAUGAGAUUGUGCUUGUUGUCGGUGCUGAAGGUGGCUCAGGUGGCUUGGCCGACAGUGAGUCGGAGGCUGAACGCUCAGGACAACCUGAGAAAUGGUGGAAGAAGCCAGAGAGGGUGGGUCGCGGACGAGGUGUUGUCGUUGUUGACGGCAUGCGCGUCAACGAUGACUGGAUCCGGCGCGUGCACGGCGUGGAGUAGACUGGCAGAGAUUUGAAGGAAUAUACAUAUGGAGAGUAUGGUGGAUAUUUGUACAUUGUCGGUUCGUUGACAGUAGUCUUUACGUCAACGGUGGUUACAAGAUGGGAGCCAAUAGCACGAUUGCGAGGCAGCAGUCGGGCUCGUCGACCCCUUACAUGAUGAUUAUUCGAGACGUUUAAACGAGAAAGUCAAUUGCGUGCUGAGUAUCUUUUGAGUGAUGUCCAAACGUUCUGCAACUGAAGGCACUGGGCUGAGAGUGCUGGUUGAUGAUGGACACAAUUCACGUCACGUGAGCAGGACAGGCCUA